GCAGUAGGCGCCCUUGUCUCACAGGCCGCUGCUCUCGAUAAUGGCUUCGGCCGUACACCGCCCAUGGGUUUCAACACCUACAAUCCUGCCGCAUGCACCAUCAACCAGACUUAUGUUCGAGACACCAUCAACGCUUUCGCGGAAAAGGGCUUCGGCGCUGCUGGCUACAAUAUCUUUGGCCUUGAUUGUGGUUGGCAGGGUACUCAGCGACAGAGCAAUGGCUCGAUCACAUAUGAUGCCGGCGCUUUCCCUGACGGUAUACUUCCGUUGAGCAAACUCGCGAACAGCAAAGGCUUUGAUGCAUUACAACUCGCAGGAUGGAACGUCGCAUACAUGAAAGUCGACAAUUGCUGGAUCACUGCUGAUUCCAACGCACCCAAAGACCCGAGAACCGACUUUCCUUCUCGCUUCGGAGCUUUCUCAAACGCUAUCCAGGCGGUGGGUAUCAAAGGCAUGUUGACUUGCCAAUGNGGGGUUCCCUACUCGAGUCCCAGCGGCUUGCAAGGUCCUGCUGAGUGGACUCCAGCAAUCUCGACAUCUUUCCGCGUCAGCGAUGACAUUACCCAAGGAUGGGCGAGCGUUUCGCGAAUCUACAACGAGGCAAUCAAUGUCAAUCUGAGAGGCUUGAACGGUCCUGGCCACUUCUCCGACAUGGAUCUGCUGGAAGUCGGUCAGAAUGGCAUGACAACUGAUGAGCAAGCCACCCAUUUCGCCAUCUGGGCUAUGUUCAAGAGCCCGCUCAUGAUUUCGACAAGGAUUACAACCAUGUCAAGCUCUACUCAAGCGAUUCUGCAGAACAAGGGACUGAUCGCAAUCAAUCAGGAUACUUUGGGCAAGCCAGUGGUCCUUACCCAGCGAUUUUCUGGCGACAACGACCAAUUCGCAGGUCCGCUUGCCAAUGGCGAUGUAGCCGUGCUUCUGGUCGACUUGACAAACACCAAGCGUAGUUUGGGGAUCAACUUCUCCGCGCUCAACAUCUCCUCCGCCACAGUCACGGAUCUCUGGACAGGAAAGACGGUGUCGAAUGCAAACAGCUACUUCACCACUGUCAACGGCCACGGUUCUGUUGCUCUUCGCUUGAGUGAUGUCAANAAGGCGACCCCGGCAGUGCCCGCUCUGAGGUAUUACGAAGCUGAAGCCGGCAAGCUGUCAGGCAGCGCAGCAGUUGCGUCCUGCUCAGGCUGCUCUGGCGGCAAGAAAGUCGGAUCUGUCGGUAAUGGCAAUGGCAACACUCUCACCUUCACCGGCAUCCGCACAAGCCAAGCGACACAAGACGUCCGCUUCGAUUACAUUGACUGUGAAAUCGGAUAUGCGUUUGGCGGAGGCUACGGAAACGUCAGGGGAGCGAGUAUCAGUGUUAAUGGCGGAGCUGCUCAAUCUGUUAGCUUUCCAUUGACUGGAUACAACUGGGAUAAAGACGUUGCGAAGGGAUUCUUGGUUAGAUUGUCUGGCUUCAAGACUUCUGGCGACAACACCGUCACUAUCUCGGGCUUGUCGAGUGUGUCGCCAUAUGCACCAGACUUUGAUAGGAUUGGUGUUGUUGCCUGA